CCUACCUAUGUACUCACCUACUUAUAUCAUACAUACUUAAGGUAUAUUGUCAACCUGUGAGUAAGUACAUAGUACGCUACUGCGCAUCAAGAUCCCUCCUUGCCCACUCCUAUUUCCGCGCGCUCCUCAUCCUGAGCUAAGCGGCACUAUCUCCGCCUCCCCUCCAUUCCUUCUUGAGCCUUUCCUCCCCCGUUCACUUCGUUAACACUCAUUUUCCCAACGCGUAGAUCCUUUGGCCGCGUCCUUUCUUCUCUGAUUUCCUGGUUCGGUUUUCUUUUCGUCUUUUCCCCGUUCUGCGAUCCUCGUAGGAUUCCACUCGCCUGGCUCUGACGAAGCGAAUCACUGCCGAGGGCCUUACAUCAUUCCAUCUUAAUCUACCUGAAUCCUUGGAGCUAGUCACAUCUGCCAAAUCCACUUAAUCUGCGUACACGCCAAUUCCACAUCUGAAACCGCCCAAGGGGGGUUCCUAGCAAGCAAUUGGCUCAAUCGGUCCAUUCAUCGCAUGGUGAGCUUGUUAGCUGUGGACACUCCGCUUCACAACGCCCUCUGCUUUGUCCAACUCCACGCCACUCUGAAAGGAGGGAGUCGAAGCGGGUGAUGAGAAAGAGGCAUCAGUACUGAAAGAAAUCCCCCCUCAAAUGUCGACGUGGUCGUAAGGUUCUCUCUCCUUCUACCAUAGCGCUAAAAUGGCGAUGCUUGCCUCGAAAACGUCAUUUCCAGCCUCGCUGUCGUCGAGUGCUUCGACCCUUGUGGGAAACACAUCCUCCUCUAACAUGUCGCACACAAGAAGAGCCCACGCCAUACCGGCUUCUGGCCAACCCUUCGCCAGCCCGACCGAAUCCGAAUUCUCAGACAUUGAUGGCCCCGAUGCGGUUAAGAACUGGACCGAGGACCAAGUUUGUGAAUAUCUGAGGAGCGUCAAGUGUGGUGAAUACGAGAAGCUAUUUCGUAAAAACAAUAUUAAUGGAGAAAAUCUACUGGAGAUGGACAAGGAAGUCCUCAAGGAGAUGGGCAUCGAUAAGGUCGGCGACCGAGUGCGACUAUUCCUUGGCAUUAAGAAGCUACGGACAAAAGCAUACGCCAACCAGAAGAAGCGAAACCGGGAUUCUUUUGCUUUGCUCGACAGCCAGUAUACACCUCCAGCUGCUUCACCUCGUCCUGCCAAUCUGGUCACUCGUUCCAUACCUAAGAGGUAUUCUCGUCAGAUUGAAGUGCCAGGUCUCGGGAUGAAUCCAACGAUUGAAGUAGCAAAGCCAGCUUCGCGGCCCGAAUCGCCGCUACACACCGGUGAUAUCAGAUCUGCUAGGCAGCAUUGGUAUCCUCAGAACCAGCAGCCGUAUAUGAUUAAUACGGCGCCUGCCACGAGAGGGCCUACUUCACCCCCAGAGACCCUCGCGUCUGGCCGAUUGGUAAUGACUCAUACACGGAAUAAUUCUAGUCAGGAUGGUUCGCUGAUGGCUGCGUUACCACAGGACCAAGAUUUCAUCCGCGUUAUAUCUACAGGAGGUACCACCAAAGUUGUCAAAGUUGCAGGCUGUAAUACCUGUGAAGAAGUGAUGCGCGUAACCCUGCGAAAAUUUGCUCUUCGAGAAGACCACGACCGUAACUUUUGUUUCUGGGUAUUAGCGGGCGUAGACCCUGACCCUAGGCAAUGUCGCCGUCUCGGUGAUACUGAGUUGUGGCGGAUCAUCAAUGAUCAAAAGCGCCCUGAGAGAAAUAGAUUGAUUCUCCGGAAAGUACCAUCUGGAGAACCCGGUGAAGCCGAAUUGCUGCGGGCUGCUGCUAUCGGCAUGGAGGAGGCACAGCAAAAGCAUGCCCGUGCAUUGGAGAAUGUCGAUAAGCGGAGUCAGCUGAAGGUCCAGAAGUUACUGGGUGAGAGUUGGAGUGAAGGGCUUCAACAACCUCUUUCGCCGAUAUCUGUUCAAGUCCGGGAAAGGAACUUACAUAACACAGCACGAGAUCUAGAACGCCCGGCUCCGAGCCCGACCAAACCGCACCCUCGGCGUAAGGUCAUUCUCAGACCAUUCGGAGGACUAAGACCGCCGAGUGAACUGAUUACGUCGGAUCUCACCUCGUACUUCCCGGACCAUCCUAGGGAAGAUAUUGACCGAACUGCUCGGUUAUCCAUGCGCAGAUCAACCAGGCUAAGCAAGGUGAACAGCCGACUUAGUGUCGCGAGCAACCUUAGCUUUGCCUCUAGUAUACAGGAUGCUCCCCCUAUUCCAACUAUAGCCGAUAGCUGGCUCAGCAAUGGCCAUCUUGCCAAGGUCAAAGCACGGGAGGCACAAGGGCGUCUACCCCAUACUUACAGAGAUUCCGUGACCUCUUCAGUGCUAGAUACGUUGCAGGAAGAGUCUCCUAUCGAGCCGAACCGCAAAUCUUAUGUUUCGUUUGCGGAUAGUGGAUCGGAUACCAAUCCCGUCAGUAUCACAGACCCGGAAGGUAACAUGAUUCGACAUAGUUAUUUCGACGAGACGAGUACACAGGGUUCUGGAUCCCUCAAGGAUCUAACACAAGCUUUAAGCGAGGAUGGAGAAGAUGCAGACGAAGAACUCGCAAGCUUCCUUGCUGGUGAAUCCUGGGAUGAUAACAAGUGGAUGAAGGGUGCCUUGAUUGGCCAAGGUUCAUUCGGCAGCGUAUACUUAGCCUUGCAUGCCGUAACUGGAGAAUUGCUUGCGGUCAAACAGGUAGAGGCACCGUCGCCGGGCGCUAAUAGCCAGACCGAUGCCCGUAAGAAGAGCAUGAUCGAGGCCCUGAAGCGCGAAAUCGGCCUCCUACGAGAUCUUCGACAUCCCAAUAUCGUUCAGUAUUUAGGCUGUGGAUCAUCCAACGAAUACCUAAAUAUUUUCCUCGAAUAUGUUCCUGGCGGAUCAGUGCAGACUAUGCUCAAUUCCUAUGGCGCUCUCCCCGAACCCCUAGUUCGCAGCUUUGUGAGACAAAUCCUCGAGGGGCUGUCAUAUUUGCAUAAUCGAGACAUCAUACACCGCGAUAUCAAGGGUGCCAAUAUUCUGGUUGAUAAUAAGGGUACAAUCAAAAUUUCAGACUUCGGCAUCAGCAAGAAACUCGAAGCUUCAAACAUCUUAAGCGGUGCGAACAACAAUAAAAACCGGCCAUCCCUCCAGGGAUCCGUAUUCUGGAUGGCACCGGAGGUAGUCAAGCAGACAUCUUACACGCGCAAAGCAGACAUAUGGUCUCUUGGUUGUCUAGUUGUUGAGAUGAUGACAGGUCAACAUCCGUUCCCCGACUGUAGUCAAUUGCAGGCCAUCUUCAAGAUUGGCGGUGGCAAAGCUGCGCCCACCAUUCCCGACAACGCCAGUGCCGAGGCAGUGGAGUUUUUGAGCAGGACCUUCGAGAUCGACCACAAUCUACGGCCUAGUGCAGACGAUCUCCGGCUAAGUCCGUUCUUGACGCCCAUUACCUAGGAAGUCGACAUGCCUCAUUUCUCGGUUAGUUGGGAUCGUGCGAUGGCUACACUAUGCCCUCGAUGGCUAGAAGCACUUGUCAAUGAAGAUGAGACGGGAGAUUCCGGCCUUGAUGCAGAGAUGUCAUUACGAACCUCUGAGGACCUACCUCUCCAACCACUGCCUGCUGAGUUAAUUUCUUUUGAAGAGCAAGGCUUUCAUAAUCUGUCUUUAGCAGAAAUAUCGGCGAUUGAGGCCAUGUUCGAUUUUCCGACCAUCCCAGAGGUCUCUGAGAGCCACCUCGACGAAAGCCACGAUUCUUCUCCGAUGUUGACGUUCUUUAUGACCCCAGCUGAUUCGAAACUGAGAAAUUGCUCUGACCGCCACGAUAAAACGGACGAAUAGCAAAUAUUUCCAGCUUGUCGAAUCUGGACUUGAAUUAGGGAUGUGCCCAACCAUGAGCUGUCGUCCUCAUGAAACUUUAUACUUUGCCAAGUUUUCACCAUUGUUUUAUAGGAAGUUUCCCAACUUCCAGUAUUAUAUGAUCAUGUUGGGCCGGGAUGGUGUUGAGAUGCUUUCUAACGAUCAUGGGAAGGAAUUCUGAUUUCUUUGCCUUUAAGCAGGCCAUAAUAAGUGGCGGGGGUUGGCAUCAGUGCGAUAAUCAUAGAACGGGAGCGUAUACAUCGGCAGAUACGAGCUACGUUUGAUACCAUGUGAUAUUAGUAAACAAGCAUUUUAAAUGAGAGCGCGUUUGUUCAUAUGAGA